AUGGCAGAAGUUCGGGUUCCACUGACAGUCACAUCUGCCGAACUAAUGGAAAGGUGUAGAAAACGGGUCGACAAUCCAGCGGAGUUUGUUGAGAUAUUUGACGAGAAAGUGAAGCCGCCUACUUUGCCAGAAGCGCCAAAAGGGGAUAAAUUGCCACCAGAAAAGCCAGUCGUCGAUAUAUUGCCAAUACCGUAUUCGUUCUCGCUUAUGGCAGAAGUUCGGGUUCCACUGACAAUCACAUCUGCCGAACUAAUGGAAAGGUGCAGAAAACGGGUCGACAAUCCGGCGGAGUUUGUUGAGAUAUUUGACGAGAAAGUGAAGCCGCCUAGUUUGCCGGAAUCGCCAAAAGGGGAUAAAUUGCCACCAGAAAAGGUCGCGAUAGUACUGACCAAUGUGCCAUUCAUGGCUGGCGGUCAGCGAACUAGCGAUUUUAAUAUUCGAUUUGUCUCCUCAAUGAAUUAUCGGGUACCACUGAUGAAAGCACACUUGACAGGGUUAUUUUAG